AUGCUGUCGGAAGGCUCUGACACUGAAGACAUCCACACUUUUACCAUCAGUGAGCACUAUGCAAAGGCGUAUCAGUACGGAAAAGAGCGCGAAGAGCUCGCCAAACUCAAGGAGAAGUACGGGUCAGAUGUCGACGAGGAUGAUGUAGAGUCCGAGGAAGAUUCGGAAGAUGCAGAGUCGGAGGACGAGGAUGGGGAGGAACUCACACCCGCUAUGGACGCAGCCAUCCUAAGAACGCUUGCGCGCAUCAGGAGAAAGGACCCUGCAAUUUAUGAGAAGGACAUAGAUGUUUUCGAGGAGGAGCAGCAGAAGACUGGCGACGCGACGAUCUCCGUGCACACACGGAAAAACAAGUCGAAGCCCCUCACGAUGCGCCAGCACGCACUGGCUUCCGCUCUCGACUCGAAAUCCCCGUCACCUUCUCCGGAGCCUCUUACGCAUUACGAAGAGCAGGCUGUCUUGAGAAGCGAGACCAUUGCUGCAUUCCACACUGCGGUCAACGAAGACAGUGACGGCGAUGACCUUCUAGUCCCUCGAGUGAAGGGAAAAGACGAGCUUGAGCGGGAAAAAGAGGAGUAUCGUGCUUUCCUGGAGAAGGAGGUCGGUGAGGACUUGACCCAUAUCGUCACGAUCGAAGAAGACGGAGGCGUGCCAUCUGGUUCUGCGGAUGAAGCUGAAAGGUCCAAGAAGAAGAAGAAAGGCGAAGAGAAGACGAAGAAAAGCAAGCAGGAUGAAGGCCAGGAGUUCCUCAUAAACUACAUCUUGAAUCGCGGUUGGGUUGACCGCUCGGCGCGUCGGCUCCCGACCUACAGUGAGAUUACUGCAUCCAAGAAGGGCAAGGGCAAGGCAAACGGUACUUCUACUGCUGACUCGGAUUUAGAAGAUGAAGUGGAAGAGCAAGAGGGUACUGGCGCGGAUGCGCAGAGUGAAGAGCUGGAUGAGGACGAGUUUGACGAGGUUGUGGAUCGAUUCGAGAGCUCGUAUAAUUUCCGUUUCGAGGAACCAGACGCAGCAACUAUUGCGCGGUAUCCUAGGAAUCUUCCCUCGCUAGUCCGACGCGAAGAUACAUCGCGAAAGGAAGCACGAGAGAAACGCAUAGCCAGGAAAGAGGAAGAAUUGUUGAAGAAGAAGGAAGAGGUGAAGAGACUAAAAGCGUUGAAGAUGAAGGAGCUCCGUGCGAAGCUAGAAAAAAUUGGGAAGGAAGGUGGCAAAAACCUCGAGGACACUGCAGCGCUGCAGGUACUUGACCUCGACGGCGACUGGGACCCGGAUACGCAUGAUCGCCAGAUGACGGGUCUAUAUGGUAAUGACGACGAUGCGGAUGCAGUAGACGAAGAGAAACCCCAGUGGGAUGAUGAGAUCGACAUCGACAAUAUUGUACCUUCAGAGCCUUCCGAGUCCAAGUCAAAAAAGAAGAAAAAGAAGAAGAAAGACAAACCUGCAGAUGUGAUUGACGAAGGAGGGGUCGACGUGGACGAGAUGGAUGCAGAGGUCGAGCGUCUCCACAGAGAUCUUGACGAUGAGGAGUGGGAUGGCACAGAAGAGAUGCGCAAGCGCAAGCUAGACGAGUACAUGGAUGAGCUGUACGAAUUGGAAUUUAACGACAUGGUUGGGGAUUUACCUACACGUUUCAAAUACGCCAAAGUGGAACCGCAGUCUUUCGCCCUAUCGCCUGUCGAGGUAUUGAUGGCAACCGACGCGGAGUUGAACUCGUAUAUGGGCAUCAAGAAGUAUGCACCGUAUCGCAAGGAAGGAAAGGGCAAGCACUGGGAUGCGAGUCGUACAUCGAGGUUGAAGGAGCUCAAAGCAAAGUUGAAGGAACGUGGUUUUGAUCCACAGGGACAAGAUGGCGUAGGUGACAACGCAAGGAAGCGAAGGGGUAAGAAGGAGCGGUUAAAGGAGCGAGCGACAUUGGUGGUAGAAACUACAGAUGUUGUCGACCAAAACACAGAAGAGGUUGAAGCAAGGAAGGAGUUGCGCAAGCGAAAGCGACAAAUACCGCAUGUGGAGGAGGAUGUCUCGGCCGCAGUGGUGGACAGGGAGGCAGAUGUUGUGCAACAGAGUACCCAUACGGCAAAGAAGCGAAGGCGACGUAGGAAGCACGAACAUGCUGAUAUUUGA